AUGGUGAAGACGCCUAUCUUCAGCACUAGAUGGGACAAUGAACAUAUUUGGUGGGAUCCAGAGCAAUUCUGUGGGCUUGAUCACAUCUUAGUUCCCACUCAACUUUUGUGGAUUCCUGAUCUGACCAUUGAGGAGAUGACAGAGCAGGACAAAGCCUCUCCAAGCCCUUAUCUCAACAUAAAAAGUCACGGCUGGGUUGAAUUUAGAAACGACCAGGUGGUGAUCAGCUUCUGCAAGAUGCAAGUUUACAGAUUCCCUUUUGACAUUCAGAGCUGCAACAUCUCCUUCAAGUCUAUCAUGCAUCCCAGUGAAGAAAUAGCAUUAUUCUACAACAGCAAUGACACAGAGAUCACAGAGGAGUCUCGUGAAGCCAUGCAAACGCAGUUUGAGUGGCUGUUUCUCAGCAUGACGGUCACAAACGAAACGGUCAACCACUUUGGCUUCAACCAAACAAUGAUCAUCUACACUAUAAACAUGAAGCGGAGGUCUGUCCUCUACAUUGCAAACUUCUUGCUGCCCGUUUUCUUUUUGUUGUGCCUGGACUUUGGCUCCUUCCUGAUGUCAGACACCGGUGGAGAAAAGGUUGGCUUUAAGAUCACGUUGCUGCUUUCAGUCACAGUCAUGCAGCUCAUCCUCAAAGACAUUCUGCCCUGCUCAUCAGACCGGAUUCCCCUCACAGUGGCGUACUGCAUUGGGAUUUUCACGCUUAUGUUGGUAAGUCUCUUAGAGACAAUUUUGGCGAUUCAUCUGAUUGGUAAAGAUGAGCAAGAGGAGGAGAAGCAAAGAGGCGAUGAUAGUCAGGCGGAGAAAGGCUGUUUCACAGUGGUAAAGAAAAGGAGCCGCUUACCAUCGGUUGAAAACAUGUCAGCGCCGAACAAAGAGGGCAACACAAGCAGGAAUACAGACGUGUCCCAGGCAAUAGAGAAGAUUUCAGACGAGCUUGGAGAAAGCAGGAAAACGAUCACUCUCCUCUGCAGCAGAAGUUAUGAUAAGAAACCAGGCUACUGGACGGGAGUGGCUCAAAAAAUCAACAAGGUGUUUGCUUUCAUUUACAUCAUAUCAGCCAUCGUGUUUUUGUUAACUCUUGCUAUAAUGUGGUGUCCUCCUCGUGAGCAGAAAUAAAACCUGUUCAGAUAAGUUCACUUUUCGACUUGAUAUUUAAUGUAUGCUUAGUGUCCUUCAGAACAUAAUCUCUGAUUAAUACUGCAUGUGUUUUUGACACCAGUCAAAACUCUUUGGCAUUCUCUCUGCAUAGAGAGAAUGCAGGUCUAGCAUUGAAAGACAGAAAAAAGGAUUUUGUUUUUCAACAUUAAAGUGAGUCCAAGCAUACAUCCAACUCAACACAAAUUUGGUCUCAUUAAAUGAAAUGUAUAGUUUGAUAGUGAAAGUACAGAGCUAAAUCUGACAGAAACUCUGUGGGAUCACCUGAUUAGAGCCGUGAACAAGAAAUGUCUUCACUUUAUAAGUUAAGCAAAUAUUGACGAAUCUAAAUAUGGAUGAAAACAAAGAGAAGGUUGAAUGCUGAAACUGAAGUCUGAACAACAGUACUAUUUUAAAGUUGUGAGUACAUUAACAGCGCAGACAGAUGUUUCAUUUUCAGUGUAAUUGUACAUGUUACAGCUAUAUCACAGUUAUAUCUGAACUCAUCAGCAUUUUCUCACUUUUGCUCUUAAUAAAAACCUGGUAUAUUGUGUGAAAUUGAUUCCUGUAUGCAUUUAAGAUGCAAGUAUUUGACUGUUUUUACAUUGCGCCCACACACUCUUUCAUGUUGCAAGGACCAUAAGUCUGGUGAUUUACGGCCGACAUAUUCUUUACCCCCC